UGCGCGUCGGCCCCCGCGCCGCACCUCCGGCAACACCCCGGGGGCGGAGCUUGAGGGGCGGGCACUUGAGGGGCGGAGCGCCCUGGCUCCUCCCCUUCCCCCUUGGCGGCGACCGGUGUCGUUGGUUGAGUGUGGGGUGGCAGAUUUGUUCCUGACUUUCCAUAAAAAUGUCUAAGCAACAGCCCGCUCAGUUUACCAACCCAGAAACCCCUGGCUAUGUCGGGUUUGCAAACCUUCCCAAUCAGGUUCACCGCAAGUCUGUGAAAAAGGGCUUUGAGUUCACUCUGAUGGUGGUUGGUGAAUCUGGACUGGGAAAAUCUACAUUAAUAAACAGCCUCUUCUUGACAGAUCUCUACCCAGAAAGGAUAAUCCCAGGAGCUGCUGAGAAGAUUGAACGCACUGUGCAGAUUGAAGCCUCAACAGUUGAAAUUGAGGAGAGGGGUGUGAAGCUCCGUCUGACGGUUGUAGAUACACCAGGAUAUGGGGAUGCCAUCAACUGUCGAGACUGUUUUAAGACCAUAAUAUCUUACAUUGAUGAGCAGUUUGAGCGAUAUCUGCAUGAUGAGAGUGGUUUGAACAGAAGACACAUCAUAGAUAACCGAGUUCAUUGCUGCUUCUAUUUCAUUUCACCGUUUGGUCAUGGCCUUAAGCCUCUGGAUGUUGAGUUUAUGAAGGCCAUACACAACAAAGUAAAUAUUGUACCAGUGAUUGCAAAAGCUGACACUCUUUCUCUGAAAGAGCGAGAAAGACUAAAGAAGAGGAUUCUGGAUGAAAUAGAAGAGCACGGCAUCAAGAUUUAUCACCUCCCUGAUGCUGAAUCAGAUGAGGAUGAAGAUUUUAAAGAGCAAACCAGACUCCUGAAGGCCAGCAUUCCGUUUUGUGUAGUGGGAUCCAAUCAACUCAUUGAAGCCAAAGGUAAAAAAGUUAGAGGUCGACUCUACCCGUGGGGGGUAGUUGAAGUGGAGAAUCCGGAACAUAAUGACUUCCUGAAGCUGAGGACCAUGUUAAUCACACAUAUGCAAGAUCUUCAGGAGGUGACCCAGGAUCUUCACUAUGAGAACUUCCGCUCCGAGAGGCUCAAACGAGGCGGCAGGAAAAUAGAAGAUGAAGAAGUAAAUAAAGACCAGAUUCUGCUUGAAAAGGAAGCUGAACUCCGACGCAUGCAGGAGAUGAUUGCGAGGAUGCAGGCGCAGAUGCAGAUGCAGAGGCAAGGCGGAGAAGGGGACGGCAGUGCAGUCCACGGACACCACGUGUAAAGGCUUUGAUGACUGUGCACCCGGAUCACAGGAGACCUCCUGCCGUUCAGUUUCAGCGCUGUUGUACCAGCCUUUUGCUCAGCAUGUGACUGGGAAUUGGCUUUAGAGUUUAACAUGGAAGUGCAUUGUGGUAACUUGUGUGAUACGUAUUUCAUAACAUGUAGUCAGUUGGUAUUUUGUGUAGUAUACACGUUUGACUUCAGUUUUGUUUAGUAAUUCUUCUAUUGAGCUUAUUUUUGGUUUCCCAUUGUACUAGGGAUACAAAAUAGACGUUGAAACUUUUCUAGCUUGAUAUGGCGUUAGAUAAUAAUGUUUGUUUUGGUUUGGUUUUAAUAUGGCUUAUUAGUUCCCUGCUUUUAACUCUGUAUUAGGUGUAGAAAUAAGCAGCUGUCAGUGGUAUCUUGUCCGUGGCGUGUGACAGUCACCUCACCAGGCAAUCCUGCACUGUCACACCAGUGACAGUGACAGUGUGACAGUCACCUCACCAGGCAGCCCUGCACUGUCACGCCAGUGACAGUGUGACAGUCACCUCACCAGGCAGCCCUGCAAGGUUCAGCCCUGCACUGUCACACCAGUGACAGUGACAGUGUGACAGACACCAGGCAGCCCUGCAAGGUUCCUUUGCUAUUUUUUGCAGUGUUUACAGGUGUGUCUGUGGGACCUUCAGCCCUUUUCUGUCUCUGCUCAGUGCAGGUGGUUUCCUUGGCCUCUGCAAGUAUCACAUUAAAAUUCAAGCAUCCCUUGUGUCUUAAUGAAAGAAAUAAGAGGAAGUGCCUCUUUCAGAGGUACGCUGUUUUAUGAUAGGCGCUAUUUCCUUCAGAUUUAACCUUGAGGGACAUAUAUUCUUUGUUGUUUGCCUAAAGUCUCUUAACUCUAUUGCAGAUAAUUUUAAAGAGUUGCUUGUAGGUCAGCACAGAUCAGUCCUGCUAUUUUCUGGCAUUACUGUAGCCAAAUAAACUUGAAUAAUGCUGAUAUUGUUAAAUACGGUAAACCCCAAAGAGUAGUUUUCUAUGCAUGGGUGUUUCCUAUAUCCAAAUGCACAAGCAAUUCUAUAAUUCUUAAUGAGUAUUUUCAUACUAUUUUUAGGGCAUUGCAAACUGUUAAUUGUAGUAUAAAAUAUCUACUAGCACACUUUUCUGUUUUUUUAAGUGGUCUGUGCCUGACAGGAUCAAUGCAAACCGAUAUUUAAGGUCUUGCUCCGAGCCGCAGUUCGCAGUAUUACUUUGGAACUGAUGCUGUUACGCAUUUUCUCUUUAGGUCGAGGUCCCUUCCCUUACCACUGGUAGUAAAGGAGGCUGGUGUGGAGCUUGGCUGGGCUCGUGCUCCACGGCCCGCCUGGUGCUGUAUUCACUGUAUCUGCGGUGCAAACAGCUGCGCUGGUGUCCAUGAGCACUGAUACACCAGGGCUGGUGUUUCUACUGCUUCUGGUAAAGCCAUCCAUCAGGUCUCCUGAUCUCAUCUGUUACAAAGCGCUACCUAAGCAGCUGAUAUAAAAGACAGAAUUGCAACUUUUUUCUCUCCUUUGAGCUCAGGUGUGUGGCUUUUAUAACUUUUUUGUAGUGUUUCUUUUAAACAAUGAAUGGGAUUUCUACAGCUAGUGUAUGAUUCCAGUGGUCCUUGAGAGGCUGGACUGCAUGUAAACCUGCUAAGCGGCGGAAAUUUUUACCUGCCUGAAACUACUGUUAUCAAUUGUUUUAUAUUUAAAUCUUUCUAAAGAUGUGAAGUUCAAUCCUGCGUCGUAGCCUUUGCUUGAGAGCUCCAGUUUUCUCCUCAAAAGCAAUUACUGUGGAAGUUUCGCACAACUCGUUUGCCCUUCCCUACCCUUGACCAACAUGAAAACGAGAACCUUUUUGUACGCUGAGAUGCACAGAAACGUGAAGUCCCAUUUUGUCAAAUAUUUACGUACAAAACUUAGAUGGAAAAACGUGCACUGCUAAGUUCUUGUCUUGCUUUUUCAAAAUAAGGUGUAGCAACAAAGCAACAUGGCUCUAUUGUCAGAAAACACUCCACACCACCUUAUCUGUUUCUAAAUCCGAUGCACUUUUGUGAGUCGGUCGUCAUCAGUUUUCCAGAAGAACUUAGCGUGAACUCCCGCCACUGGACUCUGUGCCGUCCCAGGCCGUUCUGCAGUUGCCACAGAUGUUUGGUUUGUUGGGUUUUUUUCUCAGUAACGCAGCGUUUGUCUAUUUUUAAGCUCUUUGUCUGAUGUCUGAGCUGCAGCAGCGCUGGGGACCCCGACUUGAAGAAAUACUGUGAAAUCCAAAGCGUACGCACAGGGGACGGGUUGGACACGUCACUGUCCCUCUGGGUACGUUGCUGUGAUAGUUUUUUCCUGUAUUUUCUAAAACGGGAACACAAGCAGAUUGUCCAUGUAUUUAGUGCUGUUCGGUCACUACCCAUGGAAUUGUUCUUAUUCUUGGAAAUAUUGUGUGUCUGUUAAAACACACGAUCAGGAUAAAGUAUUCCGUCUGGUUCUUAGGCAAAGAAUUUUUCAUCUACAAAUUCCAGGAGGAGAAAUAUUUUUGUAUGUUUGUUUUGUUUUUAAACAGGUAAAAGCAAGUUAAUGGCACUUGCCAUUUUAACUGAAAUACUUGAGACAGUUAAUUGCUUUUUCUUCCCGAGUGGGACAAUCAUUCAUAGUGUGCCUGAUGUCUCUGAAGGUCUAUUUUGCCUUUUCUGGUGAUGGUCUCGCAGUUAAUGGUUUCGUGGUAAGACAGGAAGAGUGAGAUCAUCUUCCUCAGGUUCUAUUCCACACCAACUCAGCCACUGGUAGAAGAAAGACUUGGAGACAAGAGGUCCAUGUUUGGUGGCUCGCUGAACUGGCCACAAGUGUUUCUCUGUUACAGUGUUGUUACGGUUUUUAUUCUAAGAGUCAACAUGCUUCUGAAUUUUAUAGUUGGUAGCAAAAAUGACUUGCUCUUGGUACAAAAAUCUGUUAUAUUCAGUUUUAUGUACUGCCAUUAGCCAAACUGUAAUAAAAAAAAAUGCUAAAAUACCUUA